AUGCCGCGUAAAAAAAUCAACUGGAGAAGAGUUCGAGCCGCAAACGCUCGUCACGCCACACAAACUCGAGUCGAAGCACACAAGAAGCAAGGCGGUGGAUGCUCCGGAAUGAUCAGAGAAGUUGAGCCGAUGCCUGAUCAACUCGGAAAGCUUCGUGACCGUGGAUUGUCUCCUACCGUGAUGGAUCAAAAGAAACAACAAGUUCGCCGACAAUUCCUCGCCAUGAAAUUGAUGGAUGUUAAUGAAUAUAAAAGAAAUCAUAUCAGAUUUCUUCAAAAUAAAAAAAUUAAAAAUGAAGAACGGGAGAAAUACGUCCAGGAGCAGUUGUUGUCGUAUCAGACUGUAACUAAAACCGUCGUAUCAGAUGAGGCCAAAAACGUCUGCAUGAAUCAAGAAGCUAACAAGCCAGCUUCUGAACUCAAACCUUCUCGUAAAUUGAACUCGCACGCAUCCACAGCGUGUGAAAAUCCUACCGCAUGCAAGUGCAAUCGAAUCUUCAAUGCUCUCUAUCGGAAACCACCUGGAAUAAGCGUAGAAAGGAAACAUCGCAAGGUCGACAGAAAUGGGUUUGUCGAUAUGGAUGAUCACAACCAUUCUGAUCAGCGCAUUAUCGUGGAAUGUUCGGACGCUUGUGGAUGUUGUAGGACUUGUCCGAAUCGACAAGCUCAACAAGGAAAAUCGAAGAAUUUGACUGUUGUCCAUUUGAAAGAUGAGCGCGGAUGCGGGUUGGAAACGGCUGAGCCGAUAAGAAAGGGAGAGUUGAUUGGCGAAUAUGUGGGAGAGGCACUGGUCAUGGAAGAAGUUAUCGGAGACGAUGGAGAAACCUUCUAUGACACAGGAAGAGGGACUUCAUAUGAAGCAUCUUUCCGAGUUAUGCAAGGAAACAUUGCAAUUAAUUCCCGCGAUAUUGGAAACGUAGUUCGCUUUCUCUCCCAUGCUUGCGAGCCAAAUUCAGCAUUCGUCGAAUGCCACUCAAGAAAAUCGGAAGGAGAAACGCUGAUUCCUCGAAUUGUAGUUAUUGCACUACAGGACAUUGCAGCCGGCGAAUUGGUCACAAUUUCCUACUAUGACCCAGAGGACAUGAAGGAUAGAAAAGGAAUUCGCUGCCGAUGUAAACCGGCGUGUCAAAACUUCCUACCAUGCAGAUAUGUGGAUGACUAA